GGUGCAGCACCGCCAUCCUCGUUUUUCUGGUGCAGCGCGCGCCCUCUACACUUUUCUCCUCGUUUUGUCAAGGUGCUGGCCAAGUGCUGCACGAGUUCUCGCCCGGCUUGCACGCGCUCCAGAGCAAGUGCAGAGAAAAGUGCAGCAUGGCGUACUUGCCGCCCAGCCAAGAGCAGACGACGAUGCAUGUUUUCGUCCACGGCGUCCAGAAAGAAGUUAGGCUUGUCUACAAACCCGACGGCUCACCACUGGAGGACGUAAACGCAAAUGGAUAUAUAUACGAGGCAUCAGGCAAGUGGUGCUGCAUGUUUUCGAUGAAAGCAUGGUUAGCGGGCAGUUUGUGCUUUAUUCGUACUCGUGGCCACGUGUAGCGGUUGGCCACGAUCAACGCAUAGGUCCCCGUCUAAUUGCGGCAUUGAUUUAGAUCCAUUUAGCAUUUCUGAGAUAUCGUGCUGUGCUGUGUGCACAUUCCAAAUAUUAUGUUAUGUCUUCGCAGACGGGCAGCGCGUGACACUCCGGUUCGUGGCCCAAGAUUCACAGGUUGAAAAUAUUCCUCCUGUAACACGACCACCGACACCGGCCUGCGCCAGUGACGGCUUCGAUGGAGUGGGGCCAGGCGCCUUUCCAACGGCAUCCGCGUCCGCUGAAGAAACAGCGGAGAUAUGGAGUACUCGCAAAACCAAGUUCUUCAUCUCCAAGUACACGGAGAUGAAGAACUUGGUUGGAAAGAGCAGAGAACUCCGCACAAGAAAGCUUCUGUGGGUGAGACUCACCGAGCUGAUCAAUAAGGAAUUUAUGUGCAAUAUGACCAGCACACAGAUUGAAAAUAAGUGGAAGUCACUUGACCGAGCAUAUAAGAGGAGCAAGAAGGAGAACAGUUCAUCUGGUCACCACCGCGUGACCUGCGAAUAUGAAGAGGAACUGUCAGAGAUACUUGAAAAGGAACACAGUAUCAACCCAAGAUUGCUUUUGGAGCCCGGAAAGGCAAUCCUCCCCAGCGGAUGCUCAGGGUAAGCGAACGACAGUUUUUGUGGAAAACCUGGAAUUGG